AUGUUUAAAACAAAGCAAAACUCUUUUUCAGGUGAUCGGCGAUACAUCUGCACGCAGGGCCCUCUUCCGCAGACAGUUGGCGACUUCUGGGAAAUGGUUCUGCAGGAGAAAGUUGAGGCGGUUGUGAUGUUAUGUGACACCGUUGAGCUCAAUCGUCCCAAGUGUCACCAGUACUGGCCUAAGGAUAAUACACCAGAAUCGGCAAUCACCAGUCGGGACGGCAACAUAAGAGUUCGGUUCGUGGACACGGAGGCACUGGACGACAACCAUCUUAUUCGGACACGCCUGCAGGUCACCAGCGACAAUCCAAAGCGGCAAGCGAAUGUUCGUCACUUCCAUUGGAGACGUUGGCCCGAUCGUGGAGUGCCUAUGAACCAUCUUGCGGCGCUACGACUGCUCUUCUACAUCGGGAAAUACAAGCCAAUAGUCGUCCACUGUUCGGCAGGUGAAUGA